AUGUCGCUCAUGAAGCAUCUAAUUUAUUUCCUUUUCUUACAUUUGGUAAUUGCAUCACCUCAAAUUAAUCUUUAUCUUACUGAUAGAAUAAAUGAAAAUACCAAUGAUAUUGCCCAACAACAUGAUUGUCUUUAUUUUGAUCUAAGUGAAGAUCAAUCGUCUCAUGAAAUUAUACCUUAUUGUAUCAGUGAGUCGACAUCAAAAUGGCCUAUUGUAACGGCUAGUUUCCAUGCACUUUUUACUUUUGCUGAACUCAGCCGACGAAAUAUCACAAGUGAGCAAUUGCAUAAAUGGUCAGCAACGAUAGAUAUUAGUGAACAUUAUCAAAUAUAUCUGGAUCAACUUUCAAUUGGAAGUGUACAAUCAGAAAUGGGAAAAGAAAUAUUCUACAAUUGUACAUCAUUAGCAUUUGGUCCACAAUGUCAGUAUCAACUGGAGCUUUAUAAUUCUGAUUUAACAUUAAAUGAAUUUAUUCGUAGUCACUAUCGUCAGUACGGUAAUGUGCCAGAGCCAUUAACCUGUUAUACUCAUUUACAAUGUAAUCGUGGUUCAAUACCAAUAUGUCUCGAUUGGAGCGAAAUAUGCGAUGGAAAAGUCGAUUGUACUGAUGGAGUUGAUGAAAAAGAUUGUUGGCCACUUAUAAGUAAUAAGUGCAAAGAUGAUGAAUAUCGAUGUGAUAAUGGUCAAUGUAUACACCCAAGAUUCGUUAAUACUGGUGACAGUUUCGAAUGUCUUGAUCGAUCUGAUCAAUAUGCCUCUUUAUCACAGAAUUGGUUAUCUAGUGAAUAUCAUGCACCAACAUUAAAAAACGAAGAUGUUGUCUGUUCAUGGCGUGAACGUUAUAUGAACAAUUUUAUCCAUCCUUUUACAAGUUCAUGUAGAUAUCAACGUAAUGAAAGAAUCAAACAAGCAAUGUUUUUCGACGGAUUAGAUGCAACCAUAAGUCAUGAUUGUCUUUUGGCAUUCCAAUGUCAUUCUAAGAUUCCAAUAUAUAAAUAUCCAGUAUGCUCGAAUUUCUGCCAAAAUGAAAAAUGUAUCGAAAUCAUGAAAAAUACUUGUCCAGAUAUCUUCUACUAUCCAACAGUUCCAAUUGCCUUUGGUCAUGUUUACUUUGCUUAUACCAACGAAUACGCUAUGAAUUGGAAAGGCAUGGGACAAAUUCCACCCGAAUAUAUAUGUUAUAAUGAGCAACUAUGCGAUGGAUUUUAUUCAAACGUAACCUUAGUAUCCUUCAAAGGAACGACAUGUCGCCGUCCGGAAGAUUUUCCAAUAACGGCUUAUUUCAAUGAAAUAGAUUGGCAUUCCAGUUAUAUCCAGCUAGUAUACUCACAACUUGCUCAUUGUAAUCAAAUGGUGCAUAGCAGUUCAAUUUGUGACAGUUCCAUCAUGUAUCAAUGUAAAAAUUCAUCGAAAUGUAUUCCAAACUCUUAUGUUGGUGAUGGUAUUCGAGAUUGUGAUUAUGAAGAUGAUGAAGAACAAAGUACGAUCGAUGAACAUUGUUUGCUAGAUCAAGCCAAUACGUUUUUCAAAUGUCAAGAAGACAACAAAUGUAUUCACCGAAAUCAAGUUGACAAUCACUUGUGUGAUUGUCAAGUGGAUGAAUAUGGUAUGUGUGAUGAUGAAGAUCAAAAAUUAAAUCAACAAAGACGAACAAUUAUGUUUUCGACGAUUUGCGAUCGUUUGGUUGAUCUUUUACCGAUUAUGAUUGAUGGUCAAAUUCAGACAGAUGAAACCAAUUGCGAAUAUUGGCCAUGUAAUAAUACAUAUACACGAUGUGAUGGAUUUUGGAGUUGUCCUAAUGGAGCUGAUGAAGUCGAUUGUGAUCCGACACCAUUAAUUAAAUGUUCACCUUACCAUCAUAUAUGUGUUUCAGCAAAUACAUAUCAAUUGAUAUGUCUGCCUAUUGAAAAAGCCAAUGAUGGUAUUAUUGAUUGUUUUAGUGGUAUCGAUGAACCAACAUUAUGUCCAGUGGAGAAUCGUUUUAAAGAAUCAAGAAAGUUUUAUUGUAAAACGGGUGGCUCUGGUACAUGCUUAUCGCUACAGUAUGUUUGUGAUGGGAUAAUACACUGUGAAAAUGGUGAUGACGAACGGUUUUGUAACUCAACCAUGGACGACUUCUUUCGAAAUAAACUAAAUAAUUCAAUGGUUAAAAAAACUUCGAACGCAAAUUUCUAUGACAUUGUUAAAUCAAAACUAGCCGAUGCUCAAUUAAAGAAAUCGAGAGCAAAUGAUAUGGUAACACAUUUAUCUAUGAUCAAUGAAUAUGAGAAUCGUUGUUAUCGUGGCCUUCCUUUGCAAGUCUUGCUAGAUAGCCACAAAAAUUUAACAAUAAAAACAUGCCUUUGUCCACCAUCUUACUAUGGUGAUCGUUGUCAAUAUCAAAAUCAACGUGUUAGUGUCACCAUGGAAAUUCAUGCACCUUUAAAAUCUCGACAAACAAUAUUUGUAAUUUUGAUUUCAUUAAUCGAUGAUAGUGUUGAACGAAUUAUUCAUUCAUAUGAACAACUGUCUUAUUUACCUAUGCGGGAUGAAUAUGUUAAGUUCAAUGCCCAUUUGCUUUAUUCUACUCGACCAAAAAUUCUUGCAAAACAAUAUUCAGUACAUAUUGACAUUUAUGAAAUGGCUACGUUAAACUAUCGAGGAAGUCUACUGAUACCGCUGAAAUUUCCAUUUUUACCUGUCGAACGUAUUGCUGUUCAACUAAAUAUUCCACAUGCAAAUAAUACUGUCCAAACUUGUGCUAAUCAUCAAUGUGUUCAUGGUGAAUGUAUUGAAUAUGUAAACGAUCCGAAAAACACUUGGUUUUGUCAAUGUAAACCAGGUUGGACAGGACGAUACUGUACUAUUGCUCAUAUAUGUACCUGUUCAUCGGAUUCAUUAUGUGCUGGACUUACAGCCAGUAAUCGAUCGAUAUGUGUAUGUCCAGUUAACAAGUUUGGUUCUCAAUGUUUAUUAAGUAAAAAUGUAUGCAAACACGACUCAUGUUUAAAUGGAGGUUUAUGCAUACCUUUCGAUGAACAUAGUGUAUCUCAUCAACAAUAUAUGUGCAUCUGUGUAAAAGGAUUCUAUGGAGCAAGAUGUGAAGUACCUGAUAAUAAAAUUAUUCUUUCAUUUCACAAUAAUCUUAAUUUGCCUUCGCAAUCACGUGUAUUUUUUCAUUUCAUCUAUGUUUUCAAUGGUACUCUAUAUAAUCAAAACAAAAGUCCCACAAAAAUAUGUGAAAAUCAAAGUUCAAUUAUUAGUUAUUGGCCAUAUCCAUUUCAUAUUACUUUUGUCGAGCUUUGGACGUUCCAGUACUACUUGAUUUCUAAUGAACAAGUAGACUCUUCAUCAGUUAUUGUUCGAAAACUAAAUCCAUCUGAUCGUUGUCGAUCUAUAAAUGAAAUAUUUGCUGAAAGCAUGACUCGAAUGCAUCUCAUUCAACGCAUUAAAUAUUAUCAUUUACCAUGUCAAAAUCAUGCAUUAAAUUUAUCUUGCUUUUAUGAUGAUACUCACAUGUGUUUAUGCCAGGAUUUUGGUGAUCAACGUUUAGCUAACUGCUUCGAAUUUAAUCAUAAUAUUAAGCCGGAUGAUUUAACUUUGCCUUACAACCAACUCGAACGUGAAUGUUCGGAAGAUUAUUCUUUUAAUUCAUCGACUUUAUCAACUUCAUCAAUCCCAAUUACCCCAUCAAGUACAUCAAUAUAUAGUGGCAUGUCAUCUAUUGACACUUGCGAUUAUUUUCUAUAUUUAUUCAUCUUACUAUUUUACUUACCUAUUCAUAAUACACAAUGA